GUCAGUCCAUGUACGAGUUACUUUGCAUUAUCCUGACACGUCCACUACUUCCGCUUUUGUUUCAGUGUAAACGAAGACGAUGGAGUUCGCCGGCAAAAUGUUUUCCUUACUGGUUCUGCUCGUCGUUCCCUUCCUCGUAUUAGGAAAUACUUGUACAUCACCAGAGGUCAAGGCUGAAACCUAUACAACAACAGAAGCCAUUGUCUCCACAGAAACUGUAUUUAUUGUACAAUUUACACUUGCCUGUCAAAAUAAAGUCAGGGAUAUGAAUUUGUAUGCUGAAAUUAAUGGAAAAACUUUACCAGUUACAAAAACAGAUAAACCUGAUUUCUACCAGGUGAGCAUCAGUGAUGAUCACAAGAAGCUGCCGGCGGGUAAAUACCAGGUCCGUCUGUACGAUGAGGAGGGAUACUCUGCCCUUAGGAAAGCCCAGAGGAGUGGGGAGUCAACCGACGCCAUCAAACCUGUCACAACCAUCACUGUUAACCACCCAGGAGUAUGGAAGGGCCCCAUGGUACAGAGUGAAUUCGUUGCUGUUUUCAUCGCUAUCCUUGUUUGGUAUUUUGCCUACAGCACCAAAAGUCAACUCCAGUCCUCAAAUUAGGAACAAAUUUUUUAGUUUAUCAAAUAAAUUUAUAUUUUGAAAAAGCAUCGAUUUUUUAUACAUUUUUUUUUUCAAUGAAAACUGUCCACCUACCAUCAUUAACAUUUUGUAAUAAAACCAUUCCAUACAAAA